UUUCCUUUGCCCGCUCGCUUUCUACAACAAACAUGGCCGCUAAAUCGGACGGAGCAGCCGUGUGUGUUAGCGAGAAUGAGAGCGAUUUGCGGUGUCUCGUUGGCCCGGAGCAGAGCGCGGCUCGCCCGCACGCUCACGCCGACAAGCGCUUCACGUUGCUGGACUGCUGCUGGGUGCUGUGCGCCCUCCUGGUCUUCUUCUCCGACGGAGCCACCGACCUGUGGCUGGCAGCGGACUACUACUUAAGGCGGAACUAUUGGUGGUUCGGGCUCACGUUGGUCUUCGUGGUGGUUCCGUCCGCUGUGGUCCAGGUGUUGAGUUUCAGGUGGUUGGUCUAUGAUUACUCGGAAAUGAGCGUCAACCCGGGCGUGGAUGGAUGCGAUUUCAGCACCAAGGGCAGCGACCAGAGGAGCCGGGGGAGCGUGGCUGAAGCGCGAACCCUGCGUGUGAAUGGCACGCGGAAAUGCUGUAGAGUGUGCAUGUGGAUCUUCCAAACCGUCAUUCACGUCUUGCAGCUCGGCCAGGUUUGGAGGUACAUCCACACCUUGUACCUGGGUGUGCAGAGCCGUUGGCAUGGAGGCCCCGGGCAGCAUCACUUCUACUGGCGGCUGAUGUUCGAGAGCGCUGACAUCAACAUGCUGCGGCUGCUGGAGGCCUUCCUGAAGAGCGCUCCUCAACUCGUUCUUCAGCUCAGCAUCAUGAUCCAUAGCAACAACAUACUGCCCCUGCAGGGACUCUCUGCGUCUGCCUCUCUGGUUUCUCUUGCCUGGAUGAUCGCUUCAUACCAGAAGGUUCUGCGUGACUCCCGCGACGAUAAGCUCCCCAUGUCCUACAAGGCCGUGAUUGUCCAGAUGCUGUGGCACCUCUUCACCAUCGGUGCUCGGACGAUCGCCUUCGCCCUCUUCGCUUCAGUCUUCCAGCCCUACUUUGGGAUCUUCAUAGUGGCCCACUGGUGCGCCAUGACUUUCUGGAUCAUUCAGGGCGAGACCGACUUCUGCAUGUCGAAGUGGGAGGAGAUCAUCUACAACAUGGUGGUGGGCAUCAUCUACAUCUUCUGCUGGUUCAACGUGAAGGAAGGCCGUGCCAGAUUCCGAUUGGGCGUGUAUUACUGCGUGACCUUGAUCGAGAACGUUGCGCUAACCGCCGCUUGGUACAUCCACAGGGGACCGCACACCUCAGACUUCUACGCCCUGAUUAUCGUCUGCGUGGUGGUGUGUAGCUACGCCUUGGGAACUUUCUUUAUGUUUGUGUACUAUUGCCUGCUCCAUCCAGACGGGCCCAUCCUGGGCACCCAGUGGAGCUGCGUGGAGGAGGGGAUGGGGGUAAUCGGGCUAGGUGGCAUCGGGGAUUUGGGUACACCUUUGCCCCAACCUGACGUUGUAACCAGUCCACCCAGAACGCUCCAGAGGACUACCGGUGGGGAUCGGGAGGCAGGGGCAGGAGACAGAGAUAGUACGCUACCUGUAUUUCAGGUGAGGCCUCCUGUCCUUCCCCCAGCUCCCUCCCCUCGUCACUCGGGACCUGAGGGUCCCGUUAUCCGCAUCGACCUGCCAAGAAAGAGGUACCCGGCAUGGGACGCCCAUUUUAUCGACCGUAGGCUAAGGAAGACCAUCCUGGUGCUAGAGAACACGUCACCUGUGACGCCUCGGAUCCGGUACCAGAGUUUCAGCAACCCCAAAGAAGUGACAGAGUAUGAGACUACGGUGUAGUGGUGUUCAAAACUCCCACCUUCAGGGGGCUCCACCUUCCACAUGACAUCUCUAUGCAGAGGUGGGACAGAUGACUCACGAGACAGAUGGUGCUGUGAGAUUCCGAUCCCAGACAGUCGGCAUGGUGCUACAUAGUGGGACCCUCCACACGUUUGGCAUCAGGGUACAACUGUUGCCCGACUGGUCUGGCACUUCGGUCAAAAGAGAAGUAAACGAAAUGGAGCAUUUAAAUGAACAGAGACGCACAGAAAGUGACUCUUGGAGAGGGACAUGCCUUUCUUAUCAUCCACUGAACGUAAUAUGCUCACCACAAUGGUCAGGAGAGAAAGUGGACACAUGUAAAAAAAUAGAUGAACUGACCAAUCAGUGUUGCUCAGGAUCACCCUGAUUACAGUAUUGGUCUGUAAGUUUAAUGUUACGGUGACCUGAAAACAGUACAAAUCGUGUAUUAUUUGCUUCUGUGAAUGGUGAGGUUAGCGAGUUCAAUCAAUCAUCCGUUUCCUCGAGAGUACUUCUGUAUUUAUUGACCGAAUGACUUAUUUAUUUAUUAGAUUUAUUUUUUAUGACUCUGUGGCCAUGUCUUUGAUAUAAUUCUUCUUAUUGAAUAUUCAUAUAUAGAUAUUAUCUUUUGUUAUGUGUAUAUAAUAGAAUGGUGCCGAUGUGUCUGUAUGAAUGUUUUCGGGUUGUCUGUAUGUCUGACUGGUCAUGGGUCACGCUGCAUUGUUUAUCUGUUGAGAUAAAUGAAAAGAAAAAAGUCAUAUUAUAAGACAAAAAGCUGUGAUCGAAUAGUAGUUGAAAACAAAUGUAAAAAAAUAUAUGACAGCCUCGGAAAAAAAGUAAACAACUACAUUGUG